ACUCCUCUCUAAUUUAAUUUACAAUUUAAUUGCUUCUCAGCUUAACCUUAAGAAUGGACCUUGAACUGGAUGUGGUGGACUACCUCCAGGCUCUGUCCUACGAUGGCAAUUGCCUACAGCAGGAGGAGCUGGCCAAGGCUUUGGACAACGGCAUCGGCGACGAAGACUUGCGUGCGGUAAUAUUCUGGCUGGCCCACGAACUACAUGUGCUGCGCAAGACGGACGAGCAUGUGACAUCCAGCAAGAAGGACCACGACGAGUUCGCCAUUGAGCUGUCGCUGCUGCUCACAGAGUUGAGCUGCUCCUACAGCAAGCUGGUCUUGGGGCCCGUGUCGGAGCGCUUCGAGAGCCGUGACUCGCUGCUGCAGCUGCUGGACUACCUAACGUCGGAGCUGAUGUUCACCAAGAUUUCGCUGAAGACGCAGCCCAUGGGACCGCCCUGUAAAAAGUCUAAGACUGAGACCGGCGUCGAGACGACGGUGUUGCAGCUAGUGAAGGACCUGCAGCUGGGCGAGUUGCCCAAGAUCAUCAACGCCAAGGCAAUGUUCGAUAAGAUUACACACCGACUGGAGCAGCGCAUUGGUCAGACAAAUCGUGGUGUGCUCAGCGAGCCACUUCUCAGCCUUAAGAAGCCGCUCAGCGAUGUCCAGUGGCGAAUGCUGGAGGCCCUCCACGUUGAUCUAGACAACGAGUACAAUCUUCGUCGCCAAAUGAUGCUCACCCGCCUGGAGGCCACCAUUCAGAGCUUCCAGUGGUCGGAGAGCAUGCGGAAUAGAGAGCACGAGAUCAUGGAACUCUUCCAGUUUAAGCUCAAGGAACUGGAAAACUUGAAGUACGGUGGCAACGAAACCAACAUUGUGGCUCUCUUGGCCGCCCGCGCUGAUUUGGCCGUCAUCGAAAAGACGAGCUCGGCAAAUGUACGCAAGAAUACUGCCUCGAAGAUUCAAAAGCACAUGAUUGGAAGCGUCCCGGAUCGCGGUGGACGCGCCAAUGAGCAUGCUCCGCCUCCACCAGAGAUGCCCUCUUGGCAGCAGCAAAGAGCCAGCGGUCCUCAAGGCAGAGGCGGAGGAGGUGGCGGUGGCCGUGGAGGUGGAAACUUAGGUGGCGGUGGACGUGGCCGCGGAGGUGGUCGUGGAGGCUCGGCAGUUGGUGGUGACAAUAACUGGCAGCAGCAGCAUCGAGAUCGCGACAACAGCCGCGACAGAAAUCGAGAUCAGCAAUGGACCAAUGGCAGUGGACGUGUGCAGGGCUCUGGCUGGAAUCCCCAAGGCGUACGCGAAGUUGGUCGUCCCAGAGGAGGUGGUCGCGGAGGCGGCCGUAGUCGUGUUGGAGGCCAACACCAAGGCGAUGGCUACCAAUAAGCUUUAUGCCCUGCAUAAACUAAUUCCAUGAACUGAUAUUAUAAGAGAUCGAGCCUAUCUA